UUCAGCACUUGUAGUGAGUUGGUCUGUGAUUGUAACCUAAAAGAUAAAGCACAAUCAAUGACGACCAGUGGUAUGGUGGUGUUAACUGUGGAUGUAAUGUUGAACAAAAGGCUCACGUACUGCGAGCUGCGAGGUUUUGAGGAGUGUUGUUGGUAAGAAACGAAGGUAAAAAUGAGUGUAAGCGCAGAAAUUACGCCUUCAGUUUCGCCGGAAAAUGUCGAAGAGGCAGAGAAAAUGAAAGAAGAAGCUAAUAACUGUUUUAGAAAACAAGAUUACAACAAGGCCAUUGAUCUAUACUCAAAGGCAAUUGAGCUGAACCCAUCUGUUGCUGUUUACUAUGGUAAUAGGAGCAUUGCAUACCUGAAAACUGAAUGUUUUGGGUAUGCCCUGAAUGAUGCGUCAAAAGCCAUCGAACUAGAUAAAACAUACGUGAAGGGAUAUUAUCGGAGAGCUGGUGCCCACAUGUCUUUGGGAAAAUUCAAGCUUGCGCUUCGGGACUAUGAGGCCGUGACCAAAGCAAAACCAAAUGAUGCAGAUGCCAAAAUUAAAUAUACGGAAUGCAGCAAGAUCGUGAAGCAGGUGGCAUUUGAGAGAGCGAUACGGGUAGAUGACACAAAAAGGAGUGUAGCAGACUCCAUCAACUUGGAGAACAUGGUAAUUGAGGAUGAGUACAGUGGUCCCAUGUUGGAAGAUGGGAAGGUGACAUUUGCAUUCAUGCAGCACCUCAUGAAGACAUACAAGGAGCAGGGAAAGCUUCACCGCAAGUACGCGUACAAGAUCCUACUGGAUGUAAAGCAGCUGUUCAUGUCACAACCAUCCUUAGUUGAAAUUACAGUUCCUGAUGACAGUAAAUUUACUAUUUGUGGUGACAUACAUGGACAGUUCUAUGAUCUCAUGAAUAUUUUUGAUCUGAAUGGCCUGCCGUCACCAAGCAAUCCAUAUCUGUUCAAUGGUGAUUUUGUAGACCGUGGAUCAUUUUCAGUUGAAUGUAUUUUCACAUUAUUUGGAUUCAAACUUCUAUACCCAGAACAUUUCUUCAUGUCUCGGGGCAACCAUGAGAGCCAGACUAUGAACCAGAUGUAUGGGUUUGAAGGUGAGGUGAAGGCAAAGUACACUGCUCAGAUGUCUGAACUCUUCACUGAAGUGUACAACUGGCUACCGCUGGCCCACUGCCUCAAUGGCAAAGUCCUGGUGAUGCAUGGGGGGCUGUUCUCCAGGGAUGAUGUCACGCUGGAUGAGAUCAGUAAGAUUGACAGGAACAGGCAACCACCAGAGGAAGGGCUGAUGUGUGAACUCCUGUGGUCAGACCCUCAGCCGCAGGUCGGACGUGCACCUAGUAAACGUGGUGUUGGUGUUCAGUUUGGUCCUGACGUCACCAAGAAAUUUCUAGAACUGAAUGGUCUGGAUUAUGUGAUAAGAAGUCAUGAGGUGAAGAAUGAUGGCUAUGAAGUGGCUCAUGAUGGGAAAUGCAUCACGGUGUUCUCUGCUCCAAACUACUGCGAUACGAUGGGCAACAAGGGAUCAUUCAUUGUGUUGAAAGGCAAGGAUAUGCAACCCCAUUACACAACAUACGAAGCAGUGCCUCAUCCAAAUGUGAAACCCAUGGCUUAUGCAAAUUCACUGCUCAGUCUUAUAUGCUAGUACACAUAUAUUGCAGACGCUUAUUUUAAUAUGAGCUCGACUGACGACAUGUACAUGAAGACGGCUGUGAUCCACUUGCGAGCUUAGACAUAAGUGCUGAAACACUGGAGGAGCCAUUCUGCUUCAGGAUGUGUUUUAUACUUUUUUAUUGUUCAUUUAAUCCUCAGGUUUUGUAAGCGUGAUGAAUUGUGUACAGAGAGUGCUCGUUUAGUUCAGUGCAUUUACAAUUAUGUUCUCUUUUGAAACUUGUUCCACAUAGAAUGAACAAGACAUUCCUUCACCUAAUUACCUGAGUGAACGAGGACUGACUAUGGGGUGAAGGUUUUGUAAUGUAUAUUGGCAUAAUGAUUUUAAUACUAUUGCAAACCACAGCCCAGAUAAUAG